AUGGAGCCCAAGAGAGGCCCUCCUUGGAUGGAUGACACCCUCCUGCUGCAAUUUCACAAGUUAUAUUUCAUCGCCUUCCAAAAGUAUGAUGACCAAAGGGCUGUCUGGCGUGUUGCUGGAAAGCCUCCAUGCAAUAACUGCAGGAAGAAGCACCCGGAGAUUUGCCUGCCCAAGGCUGCGAAACUGGCAAUGGACUCUGACAUGGAGGCUGGCAGAAAACUGCUCCAACCGAAGUUCCAGCCGAAGACGACGGCACUGAAGGAUCCUCCACUCUGCAAAAAAUGCGCCAACCCGCAUUGGGGAGAUCGCAAGACCCCCCAAUGUCCGAAGUGCAAGCGUCAUCACGGUAAGGGAUUGUCCUGCUAUGCUGCCGUCGACAAGCGGCGAGCCGUGGGGCUAUAUGUCCUGCCUUCCGCACGUGAGGAAAUGCUUCGUCAGUUGGUCCAUGAGGCGGGCAAACGAAGCGAGGCCGACCGGCAGAUGGUAGACGGCAUCAUUGCCACCGUUAAGCAAAAGAUAGAAGAACGCGAAAGCGGCAAGCGCAAGGACGAUGGCAGCGGUGGUGACGGCCACCCUUCUAAGAAAAGGCGCAGAGCGCCCUGAAGGAAAUAGAAGAAAGCCUCC